UAGUCUUCCAUUCCCACACACAAAACCUGCAAUAUAUAAGGAUUUCCAAGAGACUCUAAGAUCAACAGAAAAAAGUCUUUCAGGACAUGUCCACUAUAAUGGCUCAGCCUUUACCCUAUGGUCUGGAAAGAGAAAAACAUGUUGAGAUGUUUUUUAGAGCUUUCCAACAUAGGUGGAGGUCUUCCCCAAACCCUCAGGACCUCACCACCACUACAGCUCCAGCACAAGGUCCCCUCUAUGGACAUCUCUCACCCACAUUCCAUGCUGCAGUCUUGGAUUCAAACAGACAUAAAGGAGAGCAGUGUGUCACAGAGACAUUGCCAGCAGGUCUGGCUGCUCUGGAAACAGUCAGCCAACUACACAUAACUGCUAUACCUGAGCUUCAGGGUCCCCGGUGCAUUUCCCACAAGAUGUACAGUGUUGCCACAGAAACCAGGCAGCUGUUUCUGGCCGUGGAAGAGAGCUCAUGUUUGUGUAUGCAGUGCUGUGGUCCUGCUCGUGCCUGUUCUUUGCAGGGUUUUGACCAGGAUCAGCAAAAAAUCUUUCUAUUUGAAAGGCCACUUAGAGCAGAUAUGUGCUGUCUGGGCUGCUGCUUGAUGAAAAUGAGGGUCUACACUUCCCAGAGGGAUCUCAUUGGUACUGUCCACCAGAGGUGGAGUAUGUUCACACCCUACUUUGAGGUGUGUGACUCUUCAAACUCUCCCUUCUUAAGGAUAGAGGGCUCCUGCUGUCCAAUCCGCUGCCUCUCUGACCAAGAGUUUCAGGUUGUCUCCAUGAUUGGUGAGCGCAUUGGAACAAUAUGGAAAAAGUGGCCAGGAUACAAUGAAAGCUGCAAUAUUGACCAUGAACAUUUUGGGUUUAAUGUCUCUGACAACAUGGAUGUGAAUACCAAAGUGUUACUUCUAGCUGGUACAUUUCUCUUGAAUCAUAUGUUUUUUGAAAUGAGCUGAACCAAAACCAGCACCAUUGGACUAUGAAAGUCAGAAACAUGCAUCUCCAAUAAUGAAUUUAUUGAAUUUUUAGACACUGUAAUGACAGAAUUAUAUAAUAAAACUUUGAACUACUGGAGUUUAAUAUGAGUAUCUUGAUUUAAAUUAAAUACAUGGCUUAAGUUAUAAUGUAGCUGGAGUAAAAUGCAAUUUCAAGACAAAUCAUUAUUUACAUCACUAUCACCUCCAGGUAAAGAUUCUACACUCAUGUAUGCAAUUUAAAAUUUGGUAUUUUUGUUGCUUGUGAUUCAAAGUGUAUGGCAGCAGAUUGGAUUUGAAAUUAAACUAAAUAUUAGGGCUGUAUCUAGACUGAUAUUAUGAAUGUCUAUUUAGUUCAAAUUGCUUGCACCUUACAAGUUUUUCACUUUAUUUCCAGCAUUUUUCAGAUGUUUAAAAUACAGAGUCUGAGAUGACUACAGCACACCAGUGAUUUUGCUUUUGUAAAAGCAUUCAAGCAUUUAUUUUGUAUGAUUGGGUCAUUAUCAUUUUGACAAAUCUAUCUAUAUAUGUUGACCAUUUUAAAAAAUUUCCAAAAAAUUACAGGAAUUCAUGACCAAAGAUAUGGUUCUAGUGAUGCAUGCUCUUCUCAGGAAAUACCUCUUUUUUGCAAGCUUUUCCAACAGCUGAGUGACUUGGGAGCAGUGUCUAUGUCAGCUGUGUCAAACCUUCUCCUUGGCCUUCUGCUUUUCCUCUUUCCUGGUGGCUCCAUCCUCAGCAUUCUUCUCCUUAUAUAUCCCAUGUCCCUCCUCUGCACAUGUCC